UUCAGAUCUUAAAACAUUUGGCCAACUUCUUCACCUCUUCACUUCUUCGUUCACAUAUUUGAACUCAGACACCUUCCCCCUUUUUGGCCUGCCUUGGAGGAGUUACAACUCAUGGAAUAUGCAAAGUUUGUGACAAGUUUUUGAUUCCUUUUUGGGCUUAUUACACUUUCCUCUCCCCCCUCAAGUGGAAGAAGCGCUCCUUGUGGUUUGUAACUUUAUUUUUCUUUUUUCACUCGUCGGAGUUUUUGGGGUUUACAUGCGAUGUCACGGACUAUUAAAAGGAGAAAGAAAUGUUUGUUUUAAGCUGCGUGGUUGCCGUACGAAGGUGUUUUUUGAGUUUAUUUUUUUGAAACCAGUUGAGUGACUGGCGACAGGACUCUAUAAUCAAUGUGGUGUCAGCUGGAAGGACGAGGGGUCCGGAUCUCACCUAAACGCUGAUACGUCUUGGGAGUGAUGCACUGGCUUCCCCUGGUUGCCAUGGUGAUUGCCUCGGCCCUGCCCUUCCCUCACAACCCUGUGUCCAGGAUUGCAGCCACGACCAUCCAGCCUGGGUUUGACAACCGCAGAGAGCGCCGUCAUGACCAGGCUGCUCGCAUGGCAGCUGACCCCUUGGACUACAAUUUCCAUGGAAAUGCCUCACAAAUGGACUACAACAUGGCUGACCCUGUUAGCCAACAAACCAGCCGACAAAACCUCCAGAACUCUAAGGAAUACGUGAAAUCCUCAGACGCCAAUAUGGCGAAUCAAGAAACUUACCAGUCGAAUAGUAAUUCAGGAGUUGGUUUGGAUGUUCUCACAGAAGGAGGAGCGCCCGGGAUUAAGGGUGUUCCUGAGGAUAAUUCUCUACCAAAGGAGUACAACACAGACACAAACAGGCAGGAAUACUCAACUUUUACAGACUUUUCCAAGAAGGAAACCCUUCAGGACUCUACAGAGAAACUGUCGCUGGUUUCUCCAGCUGGAUCUCAAAGUCCUGCUAAUGAUCUGAAGACGCAAACAGGACCACAACCAACAGCAUCUACCUUUGGGACAACUUUGGCUGGAAGACAUCCGACUCAGGAGAGUCUAAACCUGGAGGCAGGGCUGGGACUCGGGCCUGGGCAAGACCUAGACGGAGACGAGAUGUUUCUGGACGCACAUCCUCGAGUCCUGUUCUCGCCGUCACCAUUGCCUCCAGAACACCCUCCUCAUCUGCUCAUGCUGGAGAGUGGCCUGCUGGAGGAGGACGGCGGCGACAGGGAGGAGCAGGAGGACAUAGACGGACACAUCGAGGGUCAUGGGGAUCGAGCACUGGAGAGGACUCUUAGCUGGGUGGACUCUUCCAGAGCGACCGUCGACAUUCCCCGUGCUAUUAGAAGGGAUAAACGCUCGCACUUGAUGGACAGACGGAGAGGGGAAAAGUCGGUGUGCGAGUCGGAAAGCGUUUGGGUCACAAACAAGACGACUGCCAUCGACUCCCAGGGUCAGAGAGUCACUAUCCUGCAGGAAAUCCAGACCCAAACCGGACCGCUCAGGCAGUACUUCUACGAGACCCGCUGCCGCCAAGCUGAGCAGCAGAGUAGUCCCGGAAGGUCGAAAGGUGCGCCGGCGAAACCACUGGGGACUGGCGUUGCUGGGGCUAGCUGCUUGGGUGUGGAUAAAAAACAAUGGGUGAGCGAGUGCAAAGCCAAGCAGUCGUACGUCCGAGCGCUCACCAGAGACGCAAACAACAGAACCGGCUGGAGGUGGAUCCGAAUCGACUCGUCCUGCGUUUGUGUGCUGCUGUCCAGAACCAAUCAGGCGCUGGCGAGAGAGGCCUUGAUUAGGAAGGGGAGGGGGGGCUGAGAGAGGAGGAGUGAGAAAGAGACAGCUGUGACAUCUCUCCCGUCUGCCUUCCUUUCCGCGAUGACUCCAAAGACUUCUGAAAACACAAGACGACCUCAACACUAGAUCUUAGGGAAAUAUAGAGAUUUAACUGAAAAGUACUGUUUUUGUAUGUCUUAUCUUUCAUAAUCUAAGUUAUUUUUGACUAGUACGUAAGCAUGUGUAUGUCUUUGAUAUUAAUAUAUUCCUUUAUAUAUAAAUAUAUGUGUACAAUAUGACACCAGUAUACCUUUAUGUAUGAAGCUAUGUUUAUCUGAGUGUAUUUAUAGAAGAAGUCUUCAUGGAGUGGUAGGUCUCUCCAGUGUCUGAUGAUAAUUCCAGCCUCUCUGCUCCACUUUGGUUGUGAGAGGAAGGAGCGCCACCUACUGAGGCUCUAUUUUACUGCUCCACAAUUGCUCCCAUAUGGAUUACCAUGAAUAUUGUAACAGUCUCAUGAAAGGAGGAUGUAUUCGAUACAGAAUCUACAGCGUGGGCACACUGAAACAGGCUGAUACAUCUCCAUCUGUGAAACUCGUUCAUGAAUGUAAAAACCAUGUGGUUUUUAAAUCAUAUAUGACACCAAAACUAAUUUUCACACCUGCUGGUUUGUUCAGUUUUCCUGCCAAAUUUGGUA